ACCAUCUCACUCGCCACACUCUCUAGGGUCAGAGGUCAGGAAUGCUUUAGGUUUCCUGACAGUAGCCAUGGUAGCAUGAUGAACAGCGCCCCUUCGUGGUAAAAAAAGACCCAAAGCAUAGCUGUCAGAAUACAAAUAAAUAUAAAUAUGAGUUUAUUCUGAAACUGCUACAAUGAGAGUCUGACGACGGAUUUAGCACCGCGUGCAACGAUGAGUAUUUCGGCUUUAGCGCCAUGUUUGGUCGUUAGCUGCAGGUGAUGUGAUGCUAGCUCAUAGCUAGCUAUGCUAUGCUAGGUGACAACAGCAGCAGCAUGGAGUGACUGCGUUGAGACAGAAAACGUCAAAUCCUAAUCCUCUUCUAGAGUCCAGUCCAUGCACGGCGCUCGUGCGCAACGUCUUUAAUAUCUGCGGCCACCACGAUGGCCUCCGUGGCGGAGACCACGUCCUCUGGACCUCCUCCGGGGCUGCACGCACCGGCCGGCCGAGAUGCACGCUCCAGGAGCCCGCGGCAGAGGCUCCAGAAGCUGCUCGCGGUGCCCGGAUGCGACCCGAGCCGAGUCAACGACCUGCUGCUCCUCCGGCCUGACGCGGGCGGUCCCACCGCUGCAGACCCGGAGCAGGAGGAGAGCGGCCACGCGCAUGUGGUGUUUUUCCACGGGGACAUUCAGAACUUUGAGGAGGAGAUGGCCCUGCAGCUCGAAGGGGCCCAGUGGCUCCCCUGGAGUCUGGAGCAGGUGGCCCUGGUCCUGGGCCGACGCUUCCCCCACCAACACGUCUGGGUGGUCCGGGCCUCCCGCAUGUACCUCCACAAGUUCAGCUGCUACCAGAACUUUGUGGAGAGCAACAUGUUCGGGGCCCCGGAGCACUCGCCCUACACACCUGACACCGGGGUGUUUCACCAACUCAGGGCCCUGCUGAGCCACGGCAUGGAGCGAGCCAACUUACCAAACCCCCUUCAGCCACAAGGAGGCGCUGACAGCAUCCCCCCAGGGUUCUCCCUGACCCUGGUGGGCUUCAGCAAAGGCUGCGUGGUCCUGAACCAGAUGGCGUACGAGCUGGCGGGGGCUCGCGCAGACCUGCACAUGUCCCCCUUCGUCAGUCGCAUCUCGGACAUUUACUGGCUGGAUGGGGGGCACCCGGGGGGGAGCGAGACCUGGGUGACCAACAAAGGGGUGUUAAAGGAACUCGCUUCCUGGGGGGUGUCGAUCCACGCCCACGUGACCCCCUACGAGGUGCGGGACCCGAUGCGGGCCUGGGUGGGCCGUGAGCACGGGCACUUCAUCAAGACCCUGGAGGAGUUCGGGGCCCGUCCGAGAAAGAAGCUGCACUUCGAGGACGAGCCCCCAUCCAUCAAAAACCACUUCAGGGUCAUUCAGGAGUUCUGAGUCAUUCGCUGGUCUUACGUCAUGUUUUUAACGGUUUAAGGGCUCAGAGUCUAGAGCACGUACCAGAUGCUGGGGGGUUGCACGUCCUGCUGCUAAAUGCACUUGUCCUGAGUUUGAUUACCCAGAAGCCUUUGCCCUGCCCCCCUGCUGCAGGUAGGUCCUUCAUUCCCCAGGCUUAAUGUAAACCUUUUACAUUUGAUUCUGGCUCAAGCUCCGAGCUGCUUCCGACUUAGAAACAUGGAUUAUGUGUGUUGUUUACUCGGCUUUGGGCUUAUGAGGAGAAUUUUCCUAAUUCCAGUUGCGUUUGAUUAAGUUAAACACGGUGAAUUGUUUUAAUUUCUGCAUUAUUUAUAAAUGAACUUAAAGGUAAAAUCUUGAACAUCGCAGGUGUGUUUUUGGGAUCUCACUUUCACUCGUUUCAUUGGCUGUAGACGUCGCUCUUUUCUUUCUUUCGUUUGGUCAAAGUAACCGUGUACUUGUGAUUUUACCCAGUUUGUAAUUUAUUUUUAACCCUGGUGUCGUCAUCGGGUCAAAUUGACCCGUUUCAAAGUGUUCCUUAUCAGAAAUAUGGAUUUCUUUCAACCGAAUUGCCCAAAAAUAACAUGGAUGAUUCCACACAACAUUACUUUCAUUGAAUGUUUUGGGUGUUUUAUUUAAUCUUAUAGCAUUUCAAUUAUUUUGUUUACUGGUUUCCAAACAGUAUCCGGACUAAACUUUGACAUCUACC